AAACACGACUGACUGCUGAUGGGUGAGGAUAAACAGUCCCACGGUGUGCUCACCGUGGGACUGGCCAGGACCAGCCUCAGAUUCCCACGACCCCUCCUCUCCACACACACAGAGGAGCAAGCAAGGCUGCAGAGGCGCACAGGCGGACAGCGCGCAGACAGAGAGGCAGAGCAGCGCUGCACCACUUUUUCCCUCUUAUUUACUAUAAAAGCUACAUUUCAGGCUCCGCUGUUGCGCAUUGCACUGACUCACACUGUGCAGAGAGGAGGGUUAAAAAAAAACCCCCCACCUAAAACAAAAACGUCCAGAUCUCAGGAGGAAAUGAGAGAAAGAGUGGAUUAGCCGCGGAUCAAGAGUGGAGGAGUGGGAGGAAUAACGAAACUCGGGAUUAUGUAUUCUGAUAAUGCCGAGGAGCCGGUUUCUGCUUCAGAUUCACAUCCAAAACAAGUCUGAGGAUGACGGCUGCCAGUCCGCCCUGCAGCCCUGCCUCCUCCCACUCCUCACCCGUCUGCCUCCCGGCCUGCCACAAACACCUGAAGAAAGGAGCAGCACUCCAGACCAAGCUGCGUCUGGGCUCCCCCCCGGGCGUGUGGCUCAUGCUGGGCACAAUGGUGGUGCUGGUGGGGAUGAGCGUGGCGGUGGCGGGCUACGUCUCCGCCGCACCGAGGCCGGCCGUGGGCGGCCGUGGGAGCACCCACGUUGAGAGGAUGAAGCUGGCCGGGCCAGUGGUCAUGGGAGUGGGGCUCUUCAUCUUCAUCUGCGCCGCCACGUUGCUGUACGAGAACCGGGACCGAGAGAGUCUUGUUCGAGACCCUCUGAACGACCUGGAGGACCUGAAGGGGAGCAGCUGCUGGGAGGAUACUCAGGAGCAGUGGGAGCACUCGGAUGAGGAGCAGUCAGCGUGGACCAGCCCGGUCCACAUUCUGCCUCCCGCCAGCAGUGACUCUCCUCCUCCUGAUGCAGGAGGUGCAGCUAAUGAGGAGGGAGACCAAGAGCAAGAGGAGGAGGAAGAGGAGGAGAAGGGAAAGUUGAUACUGCUCACCCAAGUUCUGCACCACCAGGCGCCCAAUCCUCACCCAUCCUCACCCUGCCUGUCCGCUUCUUCUGACCCGAUUCACUCAGAUUCAAGCAACUCGAGUGAAAUCGACUUUAAUGACCGGACAGAGUCUUUAGAGCUGCCCCAGGACUGACGCUCCGCCUUGCACAACCACCGGACUAUGCACUGCUCAGUGAAGAAGAGCUUAAGAUUUGUUUGUAUGUUAUAGUGCCUCUGAGUGGCACACUGAGUCACUGUCUCUGAAGGGUGUUUUUGUCCUACAUUGCUCACUGACUCAUCCACAUUUGAAAAAUUUUAAGCUGCGCUGUUUGAUGUCAACUCACCAUCUUGUCUCAGAGCUCCGCCCAGCUACCCAUAAAACUCCACUUCUGGAGUGACCAAACAUGGACCUGCUGUAAAAGUUAUUUGGGUGCCAACGUGGGUGAUAAAUGCUUCCUCUCACACUCAUCCUCUCCCCAGAGGUGGACUUUUCUUUUCUUAAGAGGUUCACUAAAGAGGAUGAGCCAGAUUAGGUCCUGAAUGAGUCUUUAUCUUAUCUCAUGUGCAGUAUAAUCUUCUCUUUAUCUCGGGGAAAGUUGUGUUUCGGUGUAAACAAGAUCAGCACUAAAGCCACACUCCUCUCACUCGACUCCUACAGCCAUGCUAUUAAUACCAGCUGGUGCUCGAUUGCAAGAUUCGGAUUUCUUACUGUAAAUUUCAACAGUUUCUUUGGAUUCCCACAUUCAGCUGUUCACAUUCCUCCCCUUCCGUUAGUGCUGCGUCGAGAGAUCUGAGAGAAUCUGAGAGUGGACGAACAGAAACGAGUAACAGCAUUUAAAAACACAAAUUCUGGUGAGGCUGCGAUGAGUUAUUCUUGACGUAACUGAGAAAAAUCACUCCUGUCGGUUUGAGUAAGUGAUGCCUCACUCUCCCACCAUCGCGACCUCUCACUUUCCUAUCAGAUUUUUCCUGACAAGCAAUCUUUGAUAUGUUAAUUUUCAACUUGUGCUUCACAUGGAAGAUUAUUGGUGGGACUCCGCCUCCAAGCUCCUUCUCAGGUGUAAAUAAUUUGAGUAUUUUCUAUUGUCAAAUGCUCAAUGCCAACAUGAAAAAACCCAAACUCAAACAUCCUAGACGCUUAUGUAAUUAUAGUAACAACCUUUAAAAUGUUAUAAUUGCAUUGGACUGUUAUUUUAUUUUCUUUUCUUACAGAAGACACAGAAUAUUUACAGCUGAAAUAAAGCUUAGAGGUGGUCUGCUACCAGUAAUCUCCCCUGCAAAACAAACUUAAAAUACAACUCAGAGCAACUAUCUGAAAGAAGAUGAAUGUACACUUAGCACACAAUAAGAGAAUUUGUGUUUGGUUAAUAAUUUCUUUAUUCUGACAAUGCUUCUAGGUAAUAAAUCUUAUGCUUUUGGAAAGCCUGUUUAUCUCCCUUUCAAUGGUGCUGCAUUUGUAGGCAAAAUGUAUUUGUAGAAUAUAGUGGGGGAAAUAAGUAUUUAACACACCGCUGACUUUUGAAGUUACUUACAAAGAAUGGAGAGGUUUGUAAUUUAAUAAAAAUAAUUAGCAUUUUACUGCAUGAAAUAAGUAUUUGACACAAUAGAAAAAUGUAACUUAAUAUGGUUUGCAGAAAUCUUUGUUCCUGUAGUUGUUGACCAGGUUACACACGCUGCAGUAGUUAUUUAUUUUUACCAGUCCUUCAUACAGAUCUCAAGGUUUUGGGGGCCACUCCAGGAAACUGAAAUGCUCCUAAGAAACAUUCCUUAGUUCUCUUGGUGGUGUGUUUUGGGUCAUUGUCAUCGUAGAAGACCCGGCUAUGACCCAUCUUCAAUGCUCUUACUGAGGUUGUUGUCCCAAAAUCUUGCGAUGGAAUCCCAUCCAUCCAUCCACCCAACCAUCCAUCCAUCCAUCCACCCAUUCAUCAAUCCAUCCUCUCCUCAGUAAGUUCAAUAUACAGCUAAUGACAUGAUUAUUUGACUCAGGUGUGUUGAAGCAGAGACACACCAAAAGGUCACAGGACACCGGCCCUUAAGGAGUGGAUUUGACGAUCAAUAGUUUUGGUUCCUUGAACAGCUUUUUGGUCUUACCUGUGGUGUGGAGAGGUUGGAGUCUGAGUGUGUAGAUAGGUGUCUUUUUAUUCAGGUAAUAAGUUCAAACAGGUGCAAUUAAUACAAGUCGGACAAAACUACUUCUUAAAGACAAACUAACAAGUUCAUUCUUUCUGGUAGGAAGGGAGUCAAAUACUUAUUUAAUGUGACAAAAUGCUGCUAAUUAAUUUGUUUAAAAUCAUACAAUGUGAUUUUCUGUAUUUCUUUUACAUUCUGUCUCUCACAGUUGAGGUGAACCUACAAUGAUAAUUCCACAUUUCUCCAUACUUUGUAAGUAAAUCGACACUGAAUUAAAUAUUUUCCCCACUGUAUAUGGGGUUGUCCCAUAAAAAAUUUCCCAAACUCUCUAUGCAAAUGUGAAAGUGCUGUUUUUGGUUUCAUACCUGAAUUGGAUGUUUAACGCUUAUAGAAACUAAACUAAUUGUCAAUUUAACUACUAACUAAUCCCAACUAACUUAAAAAAAUUAAUUUAACAAACAUGAACCUCAGUAGUGCCUGUCAGAAGUGUCUCAAAGUUUGAACAAAGAAUGGGG